AUGGACUUCUUAGAGAUGCAGAGCGUACAUCUGCCAGCGCUCAGCCCAUUGGCGGUCAAUGCUGCGAGCAGCAUCUUCGGUUUGAUAUCGAUUUUCUUUUGUUACAAGGCUUUGGUUGCGAAGAAGCUGGCUUCUUCUCCAUCAAGGAUCUUGAAGACCAUCUUCAAGCCUAUCACCAAGCGGUACCAGGCAUGGGCAUAUCUCUUCUGGGGCCCUGAAAUCAUCCAGAAAGCGUUUGAUGAGGCGAAAGGGAAGCCAUUCGAGCUCUUCGCCCCGGAUAACCGAUAUGUCUUUGUCUCCGACCCCCAGCAGAUCAAGGAGCUAGACAAUGCGCCAGAUACGGUGCUGUCACUCCAGGCAGCGUCAAAGCAGAUGCUACAGCCCCUCUACACUAUGCACGGCUUCAACUGGUUUGACCGACGUGGUACUGAGGGUGUCGGUUUCAUCCGCGCUCUUCGCACACUUCUGACCAACAACUUGCCUAAGAUCCUUCCUGACCUUACUUGCAUCAUCCGCACCAGGUUCCAGGAGCUACAUGCUGGACACCCAGUGAUCAACGGAAAGAAGCAGUCGGAUGUGUACCACAUGACUGUGAAGUUGGUCGUCUUGUCGAAUGCAGUAUCUUUCUUUGGAAAGGAUCUGGCAAAGGAUGAGCAGUUCAUGGUGUCCGCCCUCGCAUACAUCGAGGAGACUUUGAUCUGCGCUGAGAUCGUUCGCCUGCUACCCGGGUUCAUGACCCCCAUCGUCGGCGGUAUCAUCGCUCGCACACUCAAGUCACACGCUGUCAUCUUCAACAGGCUUCUGCCGAUUGCCGAAGAACGAUGCAUCGAGCGAGACGCAGCCAAGCUAGGCCAAAAGGUGCCCCAACACGCCGAUUGCAUCCAAUGGAUCAUGGAGACAUCACCCAAGAACGCGCCCUGGACACCUCAGCGUGUCGUCCACGAGCUGAUGGCCAUCUGGUUCGGCUCCGUGCACGCCGUCUCUACAACCGUAACUUUCGCCAUCCACGACCUCUGCCUCCACCCUGAGUACGUAGAACCCCUACGAAGGGAGUGCGAGUCCCAAUACGCCGCGUUUGAGCAAAGCGGUGUUGGACUUCCGCUUCUCGACAGCUUCAUCAAGGAGUCUGCGCGCUUGACACCCGUUGAGUCGCAAAGCACACGUCGCUCAGCGCUCCAACCUUUCUCUCUCAAAGACGGUACUCACGUCAACAUUGGAGAUUGGUUCUGCACACCCGUCCGCGCCAUCAUGACGAACCCCGUCGAUUACCCCGAAGCAACAACAUUCAGCGGUUUCCGCUUUGCUGACCCGCAGCUCGUUAAGAGCCUGGAGAAUGCUGAUGGCGCUUUCGACAUUAUGCAGAAGAAGCCAACGAAACUGACUGACUUUGACAUGACAUUCCACGUCUGGGGAACGGGCAGAAUGGCCUGCCCCGGAAGGUUCUACGCCUCAGCUGUAAUGAAGGUCAUCCUCGGACAAGUCAUCUUGAACUACGACUGCGAGCUUGUCAACCCGACUGCGAAGCGCCUCUUCACUUGGCGGUCGACCAUCUUACCCAAGCCUAGUGCUAAGGUUGUCUUCACUCCGAUCAGGGAAGCGAACUAG